AUGGCUGACCAAGCAGAUAAUAUUGAAGCCAAUGCCUCCUAUACUGUUAGUGCUGAGGCUAGUACCUCCUACUCCUAUGCAAUUAUAGUUGAUCAAGCAGCUAAUGCUAAGACUUACGUGACUAAUUCUGAAGUUAGUAACUUCCAAGUAGUUAAUGCUGAAAUAACCAACUCUUACACGACUACUGCUCAAAUUGAUACCUCACACUCGGCUAACACCAAAGCCAACACUCUUUAUGAAAAUGCGAUUUAUGAUGAUGUCAGAACCUCUUAUGCCAAUACAACUACUGAAGAGAUUAAAAGUAUAGGUAUUAGUAAUGCUGUAAUAUGGUGUAUUAGUAAUGCUGAUGAUGUUGAUUCGUUUCUUAAAGCCUAUGGACAAUAUAACGGAUUUGCUAUUAUUAAAAAGAGGGUUGAACAGCGUAAUGAUGGUCCAUUGGGCAAGAUGUGCUUAACCUUUCUGGAUAUGGAUCUCGCUAACGCUAUUCAACAUUUCAAAGUCAAAUCUCGAGAUCUUACAGAAGAUGCUUCGCAUCUUUUAUCAUUUCUUAUUGAGAAGCGUUCA